AUGGCUUAUGCUCAGUGGGUUUACAUCCUCCUGCAGACGCAGUCGGCGAUGAGCCAGAACCAAAUCACGGUUCAAAACGUGUACCUCCAUUGGGGCAAGUUUUUUGCAUACGACAACAAGGACAGGGAGAUUUCGGUCGAACAAGUCCAGAAGACUUCCAUCAAGCCUGGUAACCAGGCCGGAUUUGCUGCCUGUGGCCGGUCCGAUGCCUCCUCUGGCACCGAGGGCAGCUUUGAGCUUUGGGACGGCGAGACCAAAAUCUGCAAGGUGUACUGGGACUGCCCCUGGGGUUCCAAGACCAAGACCUUCACCGUUUCCGAGCUCAAUGACGACUAUGCCGUUGAGGCAAGGGGCGCCAACCUGGACAGUGUCGCUCUUGGAAAUGUCACCAUGAGGAUCAACAAAUGGAUCUAA